AUUCUAUUAAAAUUGUACACAAGAAAAAUGAUUACGUGAAUCAUAACUAUACUCAAUUUAUGUUUAAACUUUAAGUCGAAGAAUGCACUAGAUUAGGGAGACCAUGAUAGAAAAACAUGGCGAAAUAUCUUAAUUUUCUCAUAAGUAUUGCUACAUACGACAUAAAUAUUUUUUAGAUACGAACUCAUACUAAUAGUUGGAACACGGGUUGGGUCGGGUUCUACGGGUUGUGUAAUCCAAAAUCCAAACCCAACCCAAAAGAGGCGGGUUGUACAAAAGAAAACUUUCACCCAACCCAAAACCUUCGUUUUAGCUAUAAAUACGGGUGGGUCGGGUCGGGUUGGACGGGUGGGUCGGUUUGCGGGUGGUUGGUUCACCCCUACCGAUUUGUUCUCCCAUUUUCAGCACGUAGCUCCGAAGUCGGAACUCCAUAACUGUGCUUCCAAGCGGGCCAGACUCCUGUAACAUUGGGCCGACCCAAAAGGAAAGCCCGUCUUGAUUCCUUUGUUUAUUGGGCCGUAAAUUAUCUCUUCCAUCCUCCAUUUUUGCGGGAGCUCGAGCUAUCUCUCUUCUUCUCUCCUUUUGAGGUAUCUGUUGACUCAAACAGAGAGACUGAAAGCAGCCAGGUUUUGGGUUUGCGGAGAACUGGGUUGAAUUGUCAGUUGGAAGAGAAAGAAAGAAUAUCCUUUUAUCGAAUGGAGACGUCUCUGAGAUACAGCGGAGGCUCAAAAAGAACCCUGAGAGAAGAAUCCCUGAGGAUUCAUGCCAAGCAGAAGCUCCUCUUUGAUCCUAAAACCCAGUUGCAGUUUCAUGGAGAGCUAGAUACAAGGAUUGGAGCGCCAAGUCAUGUCAGUGCAAUUUUAAGACACUUCCUCCCGGACUUGGGUGCUAGCUUGGGUGCGGGAGUGCAGUAUGACAGACAAGAAAAGCUUCGGUACAGCUUACGUGCGAAGAAGGCUUUCCCCAUCACCAGCGAUGGCUUGUUCAGUUUCAAUGUCAAGGGUCGCUACCACUUGGACAAAGAUUUCAAGGAGAGCAAACCAACAGCAGCAACCGAGUUCUCCUGCAGCAUAUUCAAUUUUCAGAAAGACCAAGAUGUGAGGAUCAAAGUUGGAUAUGAGGUCAUUGACAAGCUGCCAUAUCUACAAAUUAGAGAGAACAACUGGACCUUCAACGCCGACAUAAAGGGAAGAUGGAACGUGAGAUUCGAUCUAUGAGGUAAACAACAGGCUUGGGUUUGUUUUCUGUUACCUUCACACUUAGUCCGCUAACCAGAACUCUGUUUUCACGUUGAUUUGAAAUUGCAGGCAAAGGCAAAAGGGAUGGCCAACCCUGUGUUUUAGAGGUCAAGGUUCAUGAUUCUUCCUUAUCCCUUCGGGCCGUAGUGGCCGCCAAACCAUGUUGGAGCAAUGAUUUUAUCAUAAGACUUCCCAAUAGUAUGAUUGAAUCUGUUACACUUUUUUCACCUAAUUCUAAGCAGGUAAAAAGUAGUUUUUUUCUUCUUUUUGAUCAUUCGUGUUACCAAGUUAAUAAGGCGAAGCCAAGAACAAAAAUCGAACCCAUAACAUUUUUUCGAGGUCAUGCGAGUCGUGCAUCUUGUUUGCUAAAAGGGACAAGGUGGGUGGGCCGCCUCCUUCAUCCUGAUCCAAACCAGCCGACCAAAGUCAAGAAGACUCAAGAGUGCUGCCACGCGUUGUUCCAGUCCUUCCACGUGUCUUGAAGCUGGUUUCCACAGAUUUGGUUGCGAUUAAGGAUUAAUAGAAUCUUGAUUCUUGGUAGGCAGAGUCUGGCUGGCUGGACCGCAUUACCUUGAGAUCAGCCGCUUUCCACCAGGCACUUUUACCUGCUUAAUUAGAUGAAUAUUUCCCCCACAGUGAUUAAGCACCUAAUUUAAUCCUAAAUAUCUUGGGUUUCCUGCUGUUAAGUUCCUUGAAUCGAGAUUAGAAAAAGGGAUGGCGGGUAUUGGGGGUGGAAUCUCUGGCUUACUGUGAAGAACUGACGACGGUAGGAAGGAAUAGGAUGAUGGCUCCCCCUUUUGACCCAACUUGCAGUCUAGUCCAUCAGUUUUAUUCCUUCCUUCUGAAACUCACAUGGUGGGUGGGCGAGACUAAAUAGUAAGUGGGGAGAUCAAAAGGUUGGAGAUAUUAUUCCUGUCUACCUCGUUCUCUCUCUCUUGGUCUCAACGCCUCUGUGGAAAAAAAGGGUUGCUUGCUUCUGGACUGAUUGAUCUGACUGAGAGUAGUGAUCAGCAAAAUACAGAAGCGGUAAUGAGCUUCACGCAGGCUAGUUGACGUAUACAGAAAGGAUAAAUGGCAGUAGUAGUACAGACUACUUUAGUUCAUAAUUUAGAUGCAUCAUAUAUCAUCCCCAACAAGCAAGGAAUCCGUUGGGUGGCGUGGAUUGGUGGGCAACGCAAGUGAAAUAGUAACUGAAACUCUUGGCUUUACUGGGACCAAAGUAGAAUCAUACGAUUGCCAUGGAGGGAGUGGAGAAGAGAAGAGAAGAGAAGAGAAAAUAGACAGUCUUCUCAUGUUUGUAAUUUGUUGCAACUUUGGCGCAGGGCAGUUAUUAGUUUCCUUAAAGCAAACCAAAUUGCCAUGCUAGUGUGUGUGUUGUGAACAAACUGAUUUUGUCAUG